AUUUUAUGGACAAUUGCAGUGCCUAAACACAGUCAAAAUGACAAAAUAAACCCUCAGGAAGUGCUCACCGCCACGCACUAUCCGCCCGCUGAUAGUUAUACCGGUUAUCGGGUAACUCCACCCCAAAUCAACGGCAGCAGCAACACCAACAACAACAUUCACAACAUCAACAACAACAACAGCAGCCAUCACAUCAACAAUAACAACAUCAACAACAUCUGCAGCAGCAGCAGUAGCAGCAACAACAAUUUGACAGCAAUCAACAGCGGCAACAGAAUGGACACCGACGAUGUGGAAUCAAAUACCAGCAGCGCCAUGUCCACGUUGGGCUCACUCUUCUCGUUCACAUCGCCGGCGGUAAAGAAGCUGCUGGGUUGGAAGCAAGGCGACGAGGAGGAGAAAUGGGCGGAGAAGGCCGUCGACAGUCUAGUGAAGAAGCUGAAACGGAAGGGAGCUAUCGAGGAGCUAGAGCGGGCUCUGUCAUGUCCAGGACAACCCUCGAAAUGUGUAACCAUUCCGCGCUCACUUGACGGACGAUUACAGGUCUCUCAUCGCAAAGGAUUACCGCAUGUCAUCUACUGCCGCGUUUGGCGCUGGCCUGACCUGCAGUCACAUCACGAACUGAAACCCCUGGAGCUCUGCCAGUAUCCGUUUAGCGCCAAGCAAAAGGAAGUGUGCAUUAAUCCGUAUCACUAUAAGCGUGUGGAGAGUCCUGUUCUACCGCCAGUUCUUGUACCACGCCACUCGGAAUUCGCACCCGGACACUCGAUGCUGCAGUUUCCCCACGUGCCGGAGCCGAGUAUGCCGCACAAUGUGAGCUACUCGAACAGUGGCUUCAACUCGCACAGCUUAAGCACCAGCAACACAUCGGUGGGCAGUCCAAGUUCCGUGAACUCCAAUCCCAAUUCACCAUUCGACAGUUUGGCGGGAACGCCGCCACCUGCCUACAGUCCGUCGGAGGAUGGGAACUCGAACAAUCCGAAUGAUGGGGGACAACUGCUAGAUGCUCCGAUGGGUGACGUGGCCCAGGUUAGCUACGCGGAGCCCGCCUUCUGGGCUUCAAUUGCUUACUACGAGCUCAACUGCCGGGUGGGCGAGGUGUUCCACUGCAACAAUAACUCGGUGAUUGUGGACGGCUUUACGAAUCCGUCGAAUAACUCAGAUCGCUGCUGCCUAGGCCAACUGAGCAAUGUGAACAGGAACAGCACCAUCGAGAAUACACGCCGGCAUAUAGGCAAAGGCGUCCAUCUCUACUAUGUCACUGGCGAAGUCUACGCCGAAUGCCUCUCCGAUUCUGCUAUUUUCGUGCAGUCAAGGAACUGCAACUACCAUCACGGAUUCCACCCGAGCACCGUAUGCAAAAUCCCGCCGGGCUGCUCACUCAAGAUCUUCAAUAACCAGGAAUUUGCUCAGCUGCUGUCACAGUCGGUGAACAGUGGAUUCGAGGCUGUUUACGAGCUAACCAAGAUGUGCACGAUCCGAAUGUCGUUCGUGAAGGGAUGGGGAGCGGAAUAUCAUCGCCAGGAUGUGACAUCGACGCCCUGCUGGAUCGAGAUCCAUCUACAUGGGCCGCUCCAGUGGCUUGACAAAGUGCUCACGCAAAUGGGCUCACCGCAUAAUGCAAUUAGUUCGGUAUCCUAAGCUUAAGAUAAGGAGAGAUCCCCCCAAAAACAGAAGCAAAAACAAAAGAAUACAAAAACCAGUAGCUAAAUGAGUAUAUGUUGAGUGAGGAUGAAAGCCAAGUGUGUAAAAGACGUAGAAAACACAGGACAAAUGAGCAAGGAAGCAAAGCCUAGAUUUAGUUACGAUGAUGAAGAGUUCUGCAGAUUUAAAUAGAUGUACGCAAGCAAGCUGCUACUCAAAAAGCCACCACCCGCCCUUUGCCCAUAUUUUAUAGUUUAAAUAUCGUAUGAUUUUCUAUGCGAAUGUCAUUCCUAACGCUAAAAUAAAGUUAUGAGAAAUACAACAACAGCAAGCUAAGAAACCAACUACAAAAUGGUAUAACUAUUUACAAAUGAUCUACAUGCUAUUAUAAUAAUAAUGAUCUAUAUGCCCAUUGGCAAAAUGUUGUUGUUCCAAGAAGUCUAUUUCAAGUGCUAAUUAUGUGUCAUGGCAAAACUGCUUUAAAUAUACUACAAAAAACACUAAACGAAAAGAAAUACACAUUUAAUUAAUCCUACCUACUUAAAAUACCUAAGCAACCAGAAAUUUAAAAUGCAAUAUGUUUCUUAAAAUGAUUAUUAUGUUUUUCUCAUUUUCUCCCCGUUUGCCUUUGAUCAACGAAUUCAAUGUUCAAAAAGUUGAUUUAAAUCUAUGUUUUAACUAAUUUUAAGUUGAUAAAAAAAUAAAAUUACAAAAAAAAAAAAA